AGAGAUGCCUGCCGUUCCUAUUUUUGGCUUCGGGGUUUGCCUAUAAGACUGAGGCUUUGCCUCCUGAUUCAAGGGCAGCCUCUCCGGAGCAUCCCCAAGACGAAAAGAUGGGUGUUUACAAAGAAAGAGGCCCUGGGUUCUGUGGGAAGCUGCCAUCCAACUGGGUCUCAUCCUGGUUUGUUUCCAUACCCAACAAAACUAGCCAGGUGCUGCCAUCUGCCAAGGGAGCAGAUCGAACCAAACAGGAAGCUGGUUAGUUGGAGAACCAAUCCUACAUCAUCCAACAAUGGACGUCCCUUAGAGCUUCUUUAUGCAAUUGGAGGCACCACCAGUGGGGUGGAGCGUUACAACCCCCUGGAUCACGAGUGGCAAAUUCUGGGCUCAGCCUCCAGCCAGCGGAGUGGCAUUGGGGUGGCUUCCCUUAAUGGAUCCAUUUAUGCAGCUGGUGGCCACGAUGGACUUAUUUGCCUCAACAGCGUUGAAAGAUAUUUGCCUGAAACAAAUGAGUGGAAGAGAGAUGUGGCCCCUCUUAGUGAACCCAAGCAAGAAGCAGCGAUGGCUGAACUCGGCGGUUACUUAUAUUGCGCCGGCGGCUUCGAUGGGCUGGUUUGCCUCAACACGUUGGAAAGAUAUGACCCUGAGCUGGACAGAUGGCAGAAGUUGACACCUAUGAAGUCUCGCCGAAAAGGCCUGGGGUUGGCCACGCUGGAUGGAUAUCUCUAUGCCGUUGGGGGUUCCGAUGGCUAUUCUCCCUUAUGUUCAGUUGAGCGCUACGAUCCCAGAGAAGACGAGUGGGCCACCUGCCCUCCGCUCCGCAGCUGUCGUGAAAACCUGGGUUGUGUUGCCUUGCAAGGCAAGAUCUAUGCCGUCGGUGGGCAGGAUGAAUUGACCGAACUCUGCAGCGCUGAGCGCUUUGAUCCCUCCACUAACCGAUGGACGCCAGUUAGGCCCAUGAGGUCAAAAAGGAGUAAGGUAAAUCUUGCUGCUAUCAAUGGGUGUCUCCUAGCCAUCGGCGGCUAUGAUGGCAUCGUUCACGUUUCCACGGUGGAAGCCUUUGACCUGGACCUCAACGCGUGGAGACGUUUUGGCAACACGAAAAGCCGUCACCCAGGUGGAGGCGUCUCCGUGAUCCAAAUGGCCACCGAAAAUGUGGAAUCCUUUGAGUCCUCUUGGAGCAGAUAACCAGAAGAUGAACAAGAAGUUCUAGUUCUAGGUUCACGAUAGGUAGGGUGAGUUCUUUAGCUAGAACUGAGCAGUGGCAGGACAAAAGAGCGGAGGAUCCAUACCCGAAACAAGAUUAUUUAUUUUAUUUAUUCAGUUUCUAUAGCCAUCCGUCUCAGUCCAAAUGAUUCUGGGCGGUGAACCAUUUCACAACCGUUAAAACACAAAAAUGAAAAAUCUAACAGCUCGGAAUUCACAGAAGCAAAAUAGGUGUGUGUUGAGUCCAGAUAUGUUCACACACUAUCAUAUUUUGGUUAAGAGACACCUAUAUACACCUCCAUAUUUAGUGAUUGAACUGUGGUGGCGCAGUGGUUAGAAUGCAGUAUUGCAGGCUAACUCUGCCCAAUGCCAGGAGUUUGAUCCUGACCGGCUCAAGGUUGACUCAGCCUUCCGUCCUUCCGAGGCUGGUAAAAUGAGGACCCAGAUUGUUGCAAGGGACAAGAAGCUGACUCUGUAAACGGCUUAGAGAGGGCUGUAAAGCACCAUGAAGUGGUAUAUAAGCCCAAGUGCUAUUGCUAUUCUAAAAAGGGCUAAAAAUUCUAUUUACCACUAUGUUUCUUUUUUUGUUUUAACCACAUUGCCUGUGAUCCUAAAAAUACUUCUUGGUCCUAGGAGUUUGACUGCAAUUACAUCAAUUGUCCUGCUUCCAAAAAAAAAAAAAAUUCUCCUCUAAAUUCAGAUUGGUGUUCUCUAAGUUUAAUAAUCUUGGAUGCUCCAGAUUUAAAAUAAAGCAACUGAAUGGUUCCCAGUAGUCAAAUAGAUUUAUACACUCACACCCAGCAAAGUGUGCCUGUGUUUGCACUCUUUGCUAAUAUCCUAAUAAUCUUUGCUUGGUGAUUUGAUUCAUCCAGGAAUGUUUUCCAAAGGAAUGCUUCUUCCGAAAUGGCGUGAUUUGCACAAUAAAUUGGACAAAAGAAAACAUUUUCUUUUCCAAUAAA